CACCAUCCCAUCCUCGCAUUCAAGUUCUAUCAUUCACUCACGUCCUCACGAAGCCACUCAACCUUCUCGCCAGCUCACCUUCCUUGUCCUGGUCCUCAUGCGGCCACCGGCCCACCACUCUCCCCAGCAAGUCAUAUGGGGGGUCCAGCACAUCGGUGAUAUCCACUUCAUAGAAGUCCCCCAGACGGCUGACGCUCUCCAGCCCCUCGUUGAGGUACACCAUGCCGUCGAUGUCGGGACACUGCCCAUCGUGCCGCCCCUGCAGCACAGAGAAGUCGCUCUCGGGCACGAAGCCCUCCACCAACACCUGCAUUGCAUUCCGUGCAGACAGACACAAACAGGCAGGGGCGUGUGCGUGCGUGCGUGUCUUGGUAUUGAUGGGGUGGUGGCUUGACUGACUGACCUUGAGGCGCUUGCCGACCCACUUGCGUCGUUGGUAGUCUGCGAGCACCGACUGCUGUAUGCUCGCCAGUGUCUCCUCCCUCCGCCGCUUGGUCGCCUCCUCGACCUGCCCCUCCAUGUCAUAGGCAGCGGAGCCCUCCUCGCGAGAAAACCUGUUGUGCCGACAGACAGAGAGAGAGAGGUGUGCAUCAGUCUGUGUCGGUGUCUCUGUCUGUGAGGCUGGUGGGUGGUGUGUCACCUGAAGAUGCCAACGUUGUCAAGCGGGUGCCUCUUGAUGAACUCCGCGAGCUCAUCGAAGUCAUCCUCCGUCUCUCUAGGAAACCCCACCUGCACAGACACGCAUACAGCACCGACGCACCCAUCUCAACCAGUCAAUGAAAGAAUCCAUCCUCUCUCCCGCCCCACCUCUCCCUUCAUCUCAUCUCACCAUCAGGCUGGUCCGCACAGACACAUCGGGCACCUUGGCCCGCAGCUUCGUGAGCAGGCCCUCAAUCUCACCCUUGGACGUCCUACGCCGCAUACGGCGCAGCACAGCGUCGCUGACGUGCUGCAGAGGCAUGUCGAGGUAGCGGCACAGUCGCCUGUCGGAUGCCAUGAGCUCGAUGAGCUCGUCGUCUAUCUCGUCGGGAUAGACAUACAGGAGUCGCAGCCAGUAGUCGCCCGGCUCGGCGAGGAGAGUCCGCAGAAGGGGCACCAGGCCGCCCUUCUGCUGACGGCUGCUGCUGGUGCCGUUAGCCAGGGCUGCCUGGUGGGAGAGGGGGAACUCCUGUGAGAGGUUGAGGUCCUUGCCCCAGUCACCUGGACAGAGAGACACACACGCUCUCUCUCUCAUGCCAAACUGAGUGUCCACACGCGCAUCUUGCAUAAAUACCGAGGUCUUGCGCAAUCAGAAUGAUCUCUUUGACGCCAUUCCGCCUCAACAGCCGGAACUCCUUGACAAUCUGCUGCACGGACUUGCUCUGCAGGUCGCCCUUGAUGGCCGGGAUGAUGCAGAACGCACACCGCUUCUUGCAGCCCUCGGCGAUCUUCAGGUAGGCGAAGUGCUUCGGCGUCGUCUGCUGGCCUGCACAGAGACAAUGACAAGGGGUGUAUGUUUGAUGUCUGUGCACCAAGGGUGGGAAGGACAGGGCGGCUUACGCGGGAUGUCGCCGGCCUGGAUGAAUGACUUUGCAGUGAGUGCUUCGCCAGGGGUGGUGGAGCGGACGGCGGUGAGGAUGUCCUCCACAUUGCCGGCGCCGAGCAUGUAGUCGAUGUGCGGGGUCUCUUGGACGAUCCUGUCCUUGUGCUCGUUGACCAUGCAGCCCGUCACGAUCACCUUGGCGCCAUCCUUCUUGGCCUCCACCGCCUUGCCUAUCUCAUCGAGGCUUUCACGGCGAGCGGCCUCGAGGAAACCACACGUGUUGACGACGAUGUGAUCGGCCUCUGAGGCAGUCAUAACGUAAAGGGCGUGUGUGGGUACGUGUGCUGUGGUGUGGUGUGCUCGGAUGCGUUUGUUUGCGUCCCUUUUGUCACCUUGCAUGUUGUCUGUGACUUCGUAGCCGUUUUUUAAGAGGAUACCUUAGGCAACACAACACAACACACGACCUAGCACCCACAAUCACAGCCAUCCACCCAUCCUACCCAGCAUCAACUCAGAGUCAACCAGGUUCCGCGGGCAGCCCUGACCGCAGACACACACGUGAACAGAACACCGGAUGAUUGUCCCAUCUUCUGUCGCACCAAUGAGACGAAGUGGAGUCUGUUGCCGUGCUCAGGCACCACGAGCACGCCAUCAUCCCGUUGCUUCAUUGUCAGGCCACUGCGUUGCACCCUGAACCUCCGCUGUAGCCACGGCCUCGGAGGGACGCUGGUGUGACGGAAGGCAUUCAGGGGCCUUGCAAGCUCCGCAAACAUAACAAUAAGCAGAACAAUAAGAGAGAGCGUCCCGCCAGUCAUCCGCAGGCACCGGCCCGUCAGAUCCGCACCCCUCCUGAACGCCCGAACCACCGACCUGCACACAUACUCGCAUUGCAUUGCACUGGAUGUCAUCACAGACAGCUCUUUUCUUCACCUGACCCAUCUGACCUGUGUUGACUCCUCUGCUGCAUCUGCUGCAUCUGCUGCAUCUGCCGCAUGUUCAUGAUAACGUCACGAUGGCCUGCAUCCCCUCCUGAGGCUCAUGAGCGGCAGAUCUUGACCACUCGCCACGAUGAACACAAAAGAUCUCGCCAGCCUCCAGCCAUCCAACG